AUGGAGCCCCCAUGCAAUAGGGGAUCAUGGGGCCCCUGUGUCCUUGCCCAAACUCAAAAAAGCCUAUGAAAAAGGUACCAGGGGCAUCUCAUGGGGCCCCCUACGGACCCCGGACCCUCGGGCAGUGCCCGAGUUUCCAAAUGGUCAGUCUGCCCCUGAGCAGCCUGUAUUUCUCUUGAGGUUACCUGUGGGUUUUUUCUUUUCAUCCUUUCACACGGGCGUUCCGUUUUUUUCAUCAGUUCAGUCAGGUUUUUUCAAGGAAAAAACAGGUGAGUUUUCCCUCUUUUUUUUAUUUGUUUACAUCUGUUUUUUUUCAU